AAUUGCAUCCACGUGCAAUUGUUCCGCGCGAUAACCUCGCGACGAGGACGGAGAAACGGUCGCGUGGUUGGCAGCCGUGCGGCUAGUUACUUUCAGUAUCAAUAUACAGAGUGGCCGGAGAUGGCAAGGGCAAGGUGUACAUAACAGAAAAUGUCACGUUACUUUCGCGACAGGUGAUCGAGCAUCGCGCGGUCGAGGAAUCGAUCAACAUGCCGAAGAAGUUUGUGGGUGAGAAUAGCAAGGCGGUUGCUGCCCGGGCUAGAAAAGCAGCGGCCAAAGAGGCCGAGACUGUCAAGAAGGCGAAGGAAGCGGAAGACAAGGCGUGGGAGGAUAAUGAUAAGCAAGUGUUGAAGAAGAAGCAGAAACAAGAAGAAGUCGAGAAGAAGCGCCAGCAGCAAUUAGAGAAAAAGGCGGAGGCGAAGGCUCUGCUCGAGAAGGAAAUGGCGAAUAUAAAAGUCGGUGGCAAGCAGCCGGCGUCGAAAGUUACUAGAGCCGAAAUCGUUACUAUCACUGAGAAACGAAAUCAAGUGGCUAUGAAGAAGAAAGAGGAGGAAAAGCCGAUCGAGGAAAAUUUGAACAGAUUGAUUUUAGAGGGUGAAACGGCUCACAGUGUGGACGAGGCUAUAUCUGUUUUGAGCUCAAAGGACCCCGAGAUAGAUCGACACCCGGAGAAACGGAUGAAAGCCGCGUACACGAGUUUCGAGGAGCGAAUGAUGCCGAUAAUUAAAGAACAAAAUCCUACUUUGAGAUUGAGUCAGUUGAAGCAGAUACUUAGAAAAGAAUGGAUGAAGUCAAGUGAGAAUCCGCUUAAUCAAACGUUACUAAAUCAUUGAUGGUCAUCGAUAUCAAACGAGCGCGACACGUGCUUGCGCAUCAUUGACUGAUUAAUUAUUUAAUUUUUUUAAAAUAAAUGCAUGAUCAUUGCAAUGUACAUUGCGAUGUAAUCGUCUGUAUACAAUUUUAUUUGUAAAAUGUAUAACUUAUAUUAAAAAGUACUGUAUAUGAAAAA